UUUUGGAUGCAAGCUAACCUUACCCCAAAUUAUAAGAAAAUGAGUUAAUGAGUUAAAUUUUAUUGUGAUAUAUAAAGAUGUUUUGAUAAAUUUGUAGCAGCUAAUUACACAACACGGCUAUGCAACUGCAAAAUAUGAUAAAGCAGCAGGAGCCGCGAAAAAAGGAGCCAAUGAGACGAUGAAAGCUGGCCAUGAUGCACGAAAGCAAGCUACUUGUGCUGCAGAAAAUGUGGCUAAAAAAGCGAAAAAUGCAGCUGAAAAAGGAAAGGAUGUUGCAGAAGAGUUAGCUGAGAAGGCUAAAGAAACUGCUGAAGAUGCAUGGGAUUCAAUCAGCAAAAACACCCGAAAAAUUAAAGAUAAUCUCUCCGAUGUUGUUGAUGAUGCUAAGGAGGAUUUUCUUGAAAAAAUUAAGAAACAGGCUGAAAUAUUCAAAAAAUUUCUGAAAGACUGAU